AUGAAUUCCACGGAAGAUAUCGUUGUAGUUAAGCUUAAAGCUAACUACUUCGACCUAGACCGAAACACCUAUAUUAUCAAUGUCUAUGACUCACCUAAAAAUGGAUCCUACAAGAAGCGAAGAAAAGGUUUGGAAACUAAAGACAGUAUGUCAACUCUAGAGGAUCUUCAAGAAUUCCUGGCUGGAGUUCCUCUGAACGAGGAUAUCAUUCUUCUCGGGGAUUUCAAUGCUAGAACUGGCACUCUGGACGACAUGUUAUCAGACCAUAGUCUAAUGAAGGAUACAGAGCUCGACGCUCAUUUCUCUAAAAAGCUGGCUAAACGCAAUAACUCAGACCCAAAGCUAAACACGAAUGGGCGACCCUUCAUCGAACUCCUUCAGAUGACAGGCCUAGUCAUCCUAAAUGGCAGAACUCUCGGCGACAUAUUCGGUGAACCCACCUGUAUUCAGCGGCAUGGUGUCAGCACAGUUGAUUACAUUUGCGUCUCGACGAGUCUUCAUGACAGAGUCCGCCACCUGAAAAUUGAGAGCAUCUCUCAAUAUUCCGAUCACAGAGCGCUGUCAAUGUCAAUAUCGACAAACCCUUUAAGAAGGAUUUCUAACAGUCUUGAAUCGCCAGAUAUCCAAGAUGCACCUAAAGCUUUCAAAUGGAACUUAUCAGAGAACCUCUCUGCAGACACAGCAACUAAGUUCCGGCUGGCACAGAAUGAUCAGUCAUUCAAAGACAAAAUGGACUGCCUCCUUGAUCAACCAGUGAACACAGCAAACGACGCUGCUCAGCUUAAUGAAGACGUGGUUGCAACAUACCACAAUCUUGCGAAUUUUGUUACUACGACCAAAAGUGGCAAACGCACCAGUAAGAAAAAGUGGUUUGACCAAAGCUGUAGACAUGCUAAAAGGGAGGCCAACAGAGCCGACAGAAAUGCCAACAGUAACCCACACAGCAACUUCCUUCGUGACCAGCACUUCCUCAGAAAAAAGGAAUACCGAGCUAUUAAGAGGAUGAAAAAGGGGAAAUUCCUGUAUGAGAUGAACCAGAAGAUAAACGAAAGUGGAGAUGUAAACUGGGCAGCACUCAAACGGCUAUCUGACCAGUACAAAGAUGAAGAACCAUUCGACAUUUACGAUCUCAUCCUCUUCCACAAAUUCUUUAAUGAUCUCUACAACCGGAAGUGUGGUAGGAACGAUCACUCAAGGGACGAUGUCACCUCUACUCCAUUGUCCAACAACCCGCAGCUUACCAAGGAACUGGUCGAUGAACUGAAUCGCGAAUUCACGUUACAGGAAAUCAAAGAUGCAACUAAAAAACUCAAAAACAAUAAGAGUGUGUCCGAUGAUCUGAUAUCCAACGAAAUGUUGAAAAACUCCAACGAGAAACUCCAACUCGUCGUGGUAAAACUCUUCAACUCCUGCCUCCAGCAUGGAACUUACCCCUGGAACAACUCCAUCACAACUCCCCUCCAUAAGAAGGGUGACCGGCAAAACCCUGAUAACUAUCGGGCCAUAACAAUUGGGAGCUGUCUCGGUAAACUCUUUUCGAAUCUACUCCUCAAACGGUUAAUCGAAUUCAGAGAAAGAGCCUGUCCUGACCGACCCUAUCAACUUGGAUUCAGGAGUGGAGCCCAAUGUAAUGACCACAUACUCACCCUAAAUACAAUCAUUGAGAAAUACGCCAAGAAAGAGAAGAAGCGACUAUUCGCAUGCUUUGUUGACUAUCGCAAGGCUUUCGAUAGUGUAUGUAGGGAAGCACUUCUGUUCAAGUUGAGCAACAUGGGAAUAGCAGGCAAAUUCUUCGAAUGCAUCAGUCACAUGUACAACAACUCUUCAACCCGAGUCAAGCUGAUCCAAAAGCUCUCCGCAGCCAUUGACGUUACGAUCGGUACAGAACAAGGGCAUCCAAUGUCCCCUGAGCUCUUCAAACUUUAUAUCCACGAGCUCUCCAUCAGGCUGGAACAAAUUGAGGAAUUGGAUGUACCUCCUAAACGGUGUUAA